AUGGAGCAGUUUGUCCGGAAGCGUUUGACCUUUCUGACGUCCUUCUGGAACAAACUCCGUCCCCGCUCGGUGCCGGAGAGCUGCUCGCUGGGGUAUCUUGGUUCCGAUUCUGUUUCGCUGCACUCGGAGCCGAACUCCAUUUCCUUCAUCCCCAAGUCCUCUCUCUUUAUCGCUUUAUACGCUUUCACAGCCCGGAGCGCGGAGGAACUGAGCGUAAACGCAGGGGACAAACUGCGUGUUCUCAGAGAAGAAGGAGAAUAUGUCUUAGCCCGACGUUUGCUGGGGGAGCCGGCCAUGGGCUACGUUCCUGCUGCGUACGUGGCCAACCUCAGCCAGGGCACCUCCACUCACCGGCCCUGGUACUUCAGCAAGAUCAGCCGAAACGAAGCGGAGCAGCUCCUGCUCUCCCCUCCCAACCAGCACGGCUCCUUCCUCGUCCGGGACAGCGAGAGCAGCAAGGGCGAGUACUCUCUCUCAGUGCGCAACCACGCGAAGGUCAGCCACUUCCGAAUCUGCAAGAGCCCCGGGGGCAGCCUCUACAUACAGAAGGGACAUCCCUUCCCCGACAUGGAGGAGCUCCUCGCCUUCUACACCAAGCACUGGAAGGUCAUCCAGAGCCCCCUGCUGCAGCCCUGCAGCCCCGCGACCCCUCCGGAGCGGGACGGCUGGGAGCGCCCGCGCUGGGAGUUCACCCUGCGGAGGAAGCUGGGAGAGGGCUACUUUGGAGAGGUGUGGGAAGGACUGUGGAGGAACACGGUGCCAGUGGCCAUCAAGAUCAUAAAAGCCGACAUGAAGGCAGAAGACUUCACCAAGGAGAUUCAGAACCUGAAGCGCCUGAGGCAUGAGAAGCUGAUCCAGCUGCACGCCGUCUGCUCGCUGGAUGAGCCUGUGUAUAUCAUCACUGAGCUGAUGCGGAAAGGCAACCUCCACAGCUACCUCAACAGUCCCGAAGGGAAGUCCCUGGGCACCUCCCACCUGCUCAACAUCGCCUGCCAAGUGGCGGAUGGGAUGAGGUACCUGGAGGAGAAGCACAUUGUCCACCGGGACCUGGCGGCCAGAAACAUCCUGGUGGGAGAGGAACUCACUUGCAAAAUCGCCGAUUUUGGACUUGCCCGGCUCCUCAAGGAUGACAUUUAUUCCACCAGCAGCAGCACCAAAAUCCCAGUGAAGUGGACAGCCCCGGAGGCAGCCAACUACCGCACCUACUCCCUCAAGUCCGAUGUCUGGUCCUACGGGAUUCUGCUCUAUGAAGUCUUCACGUAUGGACAGAUCCCGUAUGAAGGAAUGACAAACCAAGAAACCGUACGGCAAAUCACCAGGGGCUACCGCCUUCCCCGGCCCAGCUCCUGCCCUCCCGAGAUCUACAGCAUCAUGCUGGAGUGCUGGAGCGGCAACACAGAGGAGCGUCCUACCUUCCUGGCCCUGCGGGAGAAGCUGGGCUUCAUCUACAGACGGCUGCUCAGCUCCCUCUCUUGA